AUGGCGGGACGGACUCUGGACCCUUGGUCUCAUCUUCUUAAAGUGCUUUCAUCUGUUAAAUACAACAAAUAUGAACCGUUCUAUAUCAUUAACACUGAGUACAAGUCCUUUGGCCAGACUAGUGCAGGGAUCGACGUCGACAUUCUUAUUCCUCGAGCCCUCUCGGCAGAAAGAGGAUUGCUGACAUGCCCGAUCAUAAUCACCGGUUCCAGUCUCUAUCCCCCGUGGUUUUCAAACUGGAUCUUGGACUAUGCCACCCAGAAUGGAGCCAUAAUUGUAUCCCCUAACUACCGACUCCUCCCUGAGGCAACUGGAGAAGAUAUUCUGGAGGACAUAUACGACUUCUGGACCUGGCUGCAGGGCGACAGUCUGAGCCAUGCGGUCAAGGAUGCUGGCUAUCCACGUAUCAAGCCGGCGACCGACAAGACCCUUAUUGUGGGAGAGAGCGCAGGUGGAUAUCUGGCUAUGCAAUUAGCUCUCACCUACCCGUCUGAAAUUCGUGCCGUUAUUGGGGCCUACCCGAUCUUGGACCCUAAAGCCAGGUUCUACACUGAAGCAUAUCAGAAGCCAAUUCUUCGGGUUCCGAACAUGCCCAAUGAUAUCAUUGAGCAACAUGUGGCUUCCCUGAGAGCAUCCCAACCAGGAAGAAUCGUCACCGCUGCGGAAUCCCCUGAGAGACUGAAGCUAGCAUUCGCUGUCUUUCAGAACGGACGUCUACUGGAAUUCUUAGGGUCUCAGAAUCCGGAGUUGUUCCCAAUAGAAAGAGUCGAAAGGCUUGCGGCUGUCGGGCGGCUGAGGUUGCCUCCAUUAUUCAUUUUCCACGGGGAGCAGGAUUCUGCUGUUCCCUCUGCGGGCACAAGAAGAUUUGCGGAGCUGUUGCACGAGAAAGGUAAUGCUGGGCAAGUGAGUGUGUAUAUCCAGGAUGGUGAUCAUGGCUUCGAUUUUGAUGCGACGUUGCAGACACCUUGGUUGAGGAAGGGGCUGGAAAUGAUAUCUAAAGCUUGGAUGGACUCCAAUCAUGGUACUCUGCAUUUGUAA